AUGUCUACAUCCAAUACAGCUGAAAAAACCAAGGAACAAAAAUUCCAUGAAUAUAUCUUAAACUUGCCUCAAGACAAAGUUGAUGCAAUUAAAGGAAAACCAUUGGAGGUCUUGAAGGUAAUUGACGACUAUGGGGAACAUUUUAUGGACAUUGGUCGUCAGAAGGGUGAAUUGAUCACUACCGAAAUUAGAGAAAAGAAACCUAAAGUGAUGAUUGAAUUAGGUGGAUACUUGGGAUACUCUGCAGUCUUGUUUGCCAAUGAGUUGAUCCAAGAUCCCGAGGCCAAGUAUUACAGUUUUGAAGUGAAUCCAGAAUUUGCUAAAAUUGCUACUGAUGUUAUCCGUUUAGCUGGAUUGUCCAAGAAGAUCGAAAUUAUUGUGGGAAAAGCAUCCUACACAUUGGUUGACUUCAAAGAGAGACUCAACAAAAAUGGCCUGUUUAAAGCAUUGGAUUUCAUCUUCAUUGAUCAUUGGAAGGAUUUGUAUGUUCCUGAUUUGAGAGAGUUAGAGUCGCUUAACUUUAUUGCACCAGGUACCGUGAUUACUGCUGAUAACAUUUUGACACCAGGUGCCCCAGAGUACGCAAAGUAUGUCAGGUUGUCUCCCGAGGAGAAGAAGGAGUACAAUGAGAAGAAUCCCAACCCCAAUGGUGAUGAAUUUUUGGGCAGGUGGAAUAUCUUGUACGACACUGAUACAAUCAAAGUAGAGUACCCCAAUGGCCACGUUGAUGCUGUCGAGAUUACCAAGUGUACUGAUUACCUCUCUGGGUAA